AGUUGUUCAAUUCAAUUUGUAAAAUAUUUUAAAUUAUAUUUAAAGUAAUUAAAUAUUAGUAGAUUACUAGGCUAAUGUUAUCAAUUAAGUUAAGCAUACGUAAUAGAAAAUAAAUAUAUUAACGAUGAAAGCUUUUUCCAUAACCGACAUACCAGAAUUUUCUAAUAAGGACCGCAUAGUAGUAGUUGGAAUAAUAGGCAAAUCUCCGUAUCGGUAUUCGAAUAAAGCUAGUCCUCUUGUAACUUCCGCUGCUUGGGAAGAAAAUGGUAUCCAAUGUCAUUGGGAUGAAAGACAAAGCAUACUCUACCUUCACGCAGUCACAUAUCUGGACACCAAACAGCUAUCAGCCUUAGCGGAGAAUUUGAAUGAGAACUCGACAAGUACGGUUAAGGAUGCGGAUGCGGCACACUGGCUCGUUGCUUCUGGGGAGUUGGCAAUUGAUUCCUGUAAAGCAAUAGCCUUGCUUUUUCACUUGUGUCACAUUGUUAUAUUGUCGUCACCUACUCCAGUCUUUGAUUUGGGAUACUUGCAGCUGUUUAAAGCUGUAGAUGCAUAUAGGAAUGAAUUAACUGGUCUAACUACAACAGCCUUGCUAGAUGCUGGUGUUUCUGGAGCUUGGGAGGCCCAUGGUAGAUCCUGCUGUCCUCGCCUCUUGUUCCACUUCAGGAGAGCCCCAACGCCUCUACGCAAAAAUCCAGCGGGCUUGAAGAGGCUGGAACAUGCUGUAGAGGACCAAAUAUAUUUUAUUUUGAGGAAAGCCAGGAUCAUCACUAAUGUAUGUGCCAAAUCACUGUUUGCUAUACCCAAAAAUGAAGAGUUUGUAUACAUCAGUGCUGAAGAUAGCAAUGGUAACGCCAGAGACAUGAGUUCGCUAGUGCGGGGGCUUGUACAAUUGUGUUCAGGCACACAAACGGAGGUCACAGCUAGACCAACAUUUGGACAAUUCCUGCAGACCCACCUGGAUGUGGCCUUUGGUGAAGGUUUUGAUGAUAAUGUAGGAAAAUAUGCCAUGAGCACAUCAUUUUUUGAGCUUCCCAGCGCCAGUUCGUGGCGUACAGCCGCACAAGCUCUCACCCCAGUAUACUUGAAGGAGUCUCCAAAAGUUGAUGAAGACCAGGAAUCAAGUGGAGCCCUUUUUGAUGCUUUGGCUACUGAUGUUAGAUUCUCGCAGGCUAGGUGUGCCAAGGUGUUGCCAAUAGCUCAAGCAUCGUAUGCUGAAGGUUUGCCAUCUCACUAUUCAAGCCAACAUCAUGCUCAUAAGGUGACCGUAGCACUAGGAGUGGUGGCGGCGAUGGCGCGAGGGCCGCUAGCGCGGGGCGCCCGCGCGCGCCUGCGCACUGCAUGUGCCGCCACCUGGCGGACGCGCCGCUUGUGCGAAGCGCCCUCGCUCACUUCCCACCCGUGCAUUAACCCUGACCAUGACAGCUCCAAAGACCACUCGUCGGGCGUCCGCUACAUAAGCGUGUGCAACUGCGGCCGCAGCAAGUGUUCCCGCGACGACCCGUACACGGUCAAAAUGGCCAACUACGCCUUCUACACGUACGCGGCUGAGGAGUGCGGCGUGUGUAACACCUUGCAAAGCAUAGACUUCCCCGUGUUCCAGCCCUCUACGCCGAGCUUUAGAGCUGCAUCACUAAAAGGAUCUUCAGAGGAGACCCAAGAGAGACUCGAAUCGCAAGUGAACGAAGACUCGGGAGAGUCCCCGGGUGCUUCGCCCUCCCGUUCUGAAGGCUGGUCACCACCGGACGAACUGUCUCCAGGCUCCGAAAAGGAUGAAGAUGAAGAAGUGGAACCCGCUUGUGGCGAUGACGCUAUUGAUGUGAUGCCGGUUAGAGAAGAUACUGCUAAAGAGAAAGCUAUAUGCCGACAACCAUCCACAACGGAAUACCUGCCAGGCAUGUUGCACACAGUCAGUCCGGCCGGUCUAUUGCCGCCCUUCCCGAGCUGGUCACUGGUCUGUUUGGGCGCAUCGUCACUGUACUCCCACAGCUUGGGUUUGCCUGAGCAUCUCCAGCCUGGAUUCCUGCCACACACCAAUUUUCUGCUGCCCUGGGAUUGUACUGUGCGCAUGGAGCAAGCGAACGUGUGGCGCACGUCCAGCAGGGGGCGGGGCAAGGGCGGCGCGCCGCAUAACCUCACUGUUAAGAUCUUUAUUGGAUUUGAAUACGAAUGCCCUAGAGGUCAUAGGUUCAUGAUGUCCUCGCCGGACACAGUGGUGAACGGGGGCGGCACGGCGUGGGGCGGCGGGGGCGCGGGUGCGGGCGGGGGCGCGGGGGCGACGGGCGCGGGGGCGGGGGCGCGGCUCGCGGCCAGCGCCAUGCCGCUGUUCGCGCCCUGCAUCUGCCGACCCAGCGCCAUGCUGGCCCAGCUGAUGCGCCUUCAUGUGGUCACGCCGAAGGCCAGCGUGCACGUGACCUUACAACCUAAGGUACAACCAGCACCCGGCGGACCAAUAUUCAUACCUCAGCCGGAAACAGAAGGACCAAUAAAACUUAGUGCUUCAGCCUACUGGAUCCUGCGCCUACCCUAUAUUUACGCAGAUGAAAGAGGCCCUAUACAACGACCCAGGACUGCUUCCAGCCAUAUGGGAACUAUGCUAACACCCCUAUUCGGAUUGCAAGAAUAAAAUAUAAUAAUAAA